AUGGUGGAAAAAUACAAAAAACCCGGAGAACGAGGAGGCCAGAGCGAUAGGGAUAACAGGUGCAGAGUUCGACGAAGUUUACCAAGGGAUGGUCAACAUUUUCGACCGUAUGAACGAAGCGAAUAUAAACUGGGAUAAUGAGAGUGAUCUAGAAAAUGAAAAGCAGAACCAGUAGAAAAAUCAAAAGCAGAGGAUAUGAGGAAAGGCUACUGAAAAUCUGAGUGAAACUAGAAAGAGAAAAGAGGAGGAAGGCGAAGAAACGAUUAUGCCAAAGCGAAAAAAAACCCACUAAAGCAUUUAGUCUUUGUCGGGAAGGCCUGAAGAUGAAGAAAGAAAAAUUUAAUGCAGAAAUGGAUUUGAGAGAAGCCGUACCAUAAUAGAUUUUCUUUUAAGCAGUAAUUUGUGCAUGGUAGAAGCAUAUGUAAAAUAAAAACACAGCUUACUUCAAAAUUUUAGGCAUUUUUGUAUAGAAAAGAAAACAAAUAGAAGUCUGUAAAAACUUCUGUACAAAGUAGGCUUAUACCAUUUGAGAAUUUUCCGUCGUUUUUUUCCCAUUUUUAAAUUGCCAUGUAACAUGCUCGGCAGAUGCAAUCAAUUCGCUUGUCUGGUGAACGGAUCCCGAAAAAUUCAACAGCCAUUUUUGCUAUAAACUACCGCACUGCAGCUCGUUAAAAAAAAGUAAGCACACGAGUAAAAAAACGAAUAAAACAGUUUUUUAGAAACUGUUUUAGUUGCCGACAUUAUUUUAAAGGGAAAACUGGAAAAGCACUCGAAUGUUACCAGGGAAAAGUGCUGACCGUGUGUUAUUGUGUGGCAAGGAACUGGUACCGCGCACGCGCAGACAAAAUGCACCUAUGUUGCACAUCCAAUGUUUCCGUAAUAGCCACAUGAAUACUUGAUCAAACGAUUUUUGAAUAGGAACGCUCGUCGCGUGCGUAAAGCGACCGUAACAGAAAACGGUCUGUAUCAUCCACAAUAUUUAUGGUAUAGUUAUUUUCCGCUAGUGUAGCGCAUUCGUAAGUGGAAGCCCCUUUCACCUUGAAGAAUGGUGAGUUCGAUUCUCGCUACAGAUUCAUGUGAAGAGAGUAUAUUGUAAACGCUUUGCCUAAAGUUGUGAGAUUUCUCCAGGCGCUCCAGUUUCCUCGCACAGGGAAAGUGGAAAGGGUAGUGAGUUAGGAUAAACAGUUCAGAAAGUAAUCACAAUUUUUGUAAAGAUAAAUAUUCUAGGCUAAGUAAGUAGCAUAUGUUCAAUCGCUCACUGAAAAGCCCCAAUGUACAGUGAGCUGAAUUAAUAGGGUAAUGUAAUAGUUGCAAGACCAGGAUUGUUAAGGACGUGAAAUUUAUGAGAGACUCAGUGCUAUUUUAUGUUAUUAUUAUAUGGAAAGAGCAAUCGAUUUAAGAUUUGAAAUAGCAAGUGUACUCUAAUGGUGUAUAUAGUUCUGCGGCAAGCGAAUGUUUUUUUGAUACUUGGAUAUAACGUGUUUUUAUGAUUUUAGGAAAUCAGCCAAGCACUCAUUCAGCAGUCGAUACAGUGUAUGAAAUUUCCACACCUUCACCAUCUCCAACUUUUCCAGGCAAGCUUUAGCUAAUUACAUUAUUGUACUAAAGUGCAUUUAGUGGGAAUGUUAUGAUCUAUAGGGCAUGAAACUGGUAAUUUUAGAGUGUAUAUGCUGUGAUAUGGUGUAGUGUGUUUUGCAAGCAUUGUGUAGAGCCGGUUUUUCAUUAGGCGGAAUUUAAAUUUGCGCGCAGAGCGUAAUUUUUCUUUGUCUUGUGAUUUCUCGGGUGGAACUAAUUAGAAAAGACAAAGAAAAAUUCUGCUUCGCGCGCAAAAUUCCGCCUAGUGGAACAAUGGCUUUAGGCGUUGUUAUGGAAAUAUGCAUUGCUUUGCUUAGUGUUAGCUAUCUAGUGGUGUGUGUAGUAGUAGAGUAUAUACAACACCAGUAUAAUAAACAUUUUUUAGCAGCGACUGCUGUUCAAAGCAAAGUGUGCUCUACUGCUCUUGUAGAGAAUAACUUUAAUUGAUGGCUAGCUGUAACGUGUAACGUGUAGGGCGUUUGGAGAAUUUUGCAAAAUUUUACGUUAAUCAUUAUUCAAUGAUGUUAGAAAUUCUUAUUAUCUUAUAGUGAAUGUAACAGCAAAAUCUUCAAUUGCUUCACGAAAACUGAUUAUCAUUGCAACAUCUGCGAGUGCUGGUGUCAUGUUUAUCGUCAUGCUGGCUGUUCUGAUCGUAAUAUAUAAAAGAAGAACGAAGGCUGCGAACUUAUCAAUUCCCGUUGAUAUUUCUCAGGUAAUGCUUUCUUGUCAUAUUGUCUAUAGCUAGUGACUUUUAUAACACAAUUGGUUUGCGAAAUAGUGAUUGCAAAGUGAUAAGAUGAGGCGCCUAUCUUUAAUUUGCGUUUUUCUGACUCGUUUGCUGAUGUUGCCUUUAUGCAGUAGUCCAACUAAAAUUUAUACGCGCAUCCAUAUGGGAAUAUAUGCGUGUUGUACUGUGCUGUGUUGUGUCGUGUCGUGUUGUGUUGUGUCGUGUCGUAUUGUGUCGUAUUGUGUCGUGUCGUGUUGUAUUGUGUCGUGUCGUUUUGUGUUGUGUCGUGUUGCGUCGUGUUAUGUCGUGUUAUGUCGUGUUGUUUUGUGUCGUGUCGUCUUGUGUCGUGUCGUCUUGUGUUGUGUUGUGUUGUUUUGUGUUGUGUUGUGUUGUGUCGUGUCAUGUCGUGUUGUGUGUUGUGUCAUGUCAUGUUGUAUUGUGUCGUGUCCGUCGUGGCGUGUUGUGUUCAUGUGUUGCUGUCUGAUGCUGUGGUAUACUGCGUUGUGUUAUAUCGCAGAAGGUUACUUCCAGUUAGAAUUGACCAAACACACAAAUUUCCUUACGUCAUCUUCGGUUGUUUCCCGAACAUGACUUCGACCAUUCAGGAGAUCAAACGGAGAAGCGCAAAUAAAAGUGGGAUAAAGAGAUAGAUAACCAGAAUGCAAAUCAGAUUCAAUGUAAAUGCACUGCAGCAAUAUUGCUCCUCUCCGUCUACAUAAUAUGCAUAACUACACCAAGAAAUGCUUAAAGCAAAUUCCAAAAUAAUGAUGGACCAAGGUUGGACAUUCUGAUAAAUUUCUUUUCACAUUUUUUUUCAACAGGAACAAGGCUAUGAAAUGGCUGGUGCAACUGAUCCGCCUUUUUACGAGGAGGUGGACGCCAAACCUGAUCAAAGCCAACUUUUCCGUUUCUCCAAACUAGAUGAAAAUAGGCAAGCGGAGAACGAUAAUCCUUUCCAAAAGUUGUCGAAAGCAGAAAAAGCGCCCGCUGCUGAAGACAGAUCAUCCACUUAUGAAGAAGUGGACAUACUAUCAAAUGCACAUAAGGAGACUGGAUACACUGUGCUUGGUGUUCGCGAAACGACAAAUACUAGUGAUUAUCAGGCACUUUUGAAAGAGGAACCCCAGUAUGAAAUGCCGGCUACAUGCCAACCAGAAGCCUACGAAGAAGUUAUAACAUUACCACAUUCUUCUGGUUAUACUGAACUCGAGAAGAACAGACAAAGACGAAAAUCAGAAGAUAAUGUUUAUCAGAAACUGAUACAACGAGACUCAGGCUAUGUAAUACCAGCUGAUACUAGAAGAGAAUCUUACGAGGAUAUUCAACCAACCAAAAUUAAACCUGGGACAACGAGUAUAGGAUAAAGCUAAAGGAGUAAGGGAAAAAUAAACGAGGAAAAAUGAGGCAACAGGAUUACCAAAAAUUGCUAAGAAAAUAAAAUGUGGACAUGUGGAUUUCUUCUUUUAAUACAAACGCAAUAAUCGAUGUUGGUGAAUUUUUCUGAUUGGCCUCAGUAACAAUAAGCCUGUUUUCCACUUCAACCGUAUCGUAGCAUUUUCUUUCGUGUCGAAGUCAUUAAUUCCACUCAAGUGCUCAGGAAACAAACAAAUCCGCUACGUUUCGGUACGAUAAGAUCGACGUGGAAAACCGGC